CCGAUCCUGUUUGUUACAAGUUCAGAGGCUCUGUUUGUUCUUAGUGUGAAAAAAGGACGAACAAACGAGCUGAGCAGGUUCUCAUUCUAUAUCGAGGAAAGUGCACGUCCAGCAACAUGAUGCCGGUAAGCCAGUGGAUCCCAGCCAGUUGAUUAAUGAAACAGUAUUAUUACGGCAACAAAACUGAAUUUUACUAUUAGUAUUAAAAUGUUUAAGAACCAAAUGCAAUCCUUAGACAAACAUGUGAAUAUGUUUAUGGACUACAUGUUCGGUCCUAGAGAUCCCAGGGUUAAAGGAUGGCUUAUGCUGGAUUCCUAUUUACCUACAUUCCUCCUUACAUUCUUCUACCUAAUCACUAUAUGGCUGGGAACAAAGUAUAUGAAAGAGAAACCGGUAUUCUCUCUUAGGAUUCACCUAAUAAUAUAUAAUCUUGGAGUAAUGCUUCUCUCUCUCUACAUCUUUAUUGAGCUGGUCCUGGCAAGCUGGGAAGGCAGGUACAACUUGCAGUGUCAGAAUCUCCACAGUGCCAAUGAUGCUGACAUCAGGGUGGCAAAAGUGCUUUGGUGGUACUACUUUUCUAAAGCUAUUGAAUUUAUGGACACAUUUUUUUUCAUCUUACGGAAGAAAAAUAGCCAGAUUACAUUUCUUCAUGUAUAUCACCAUGCAACAAUGUUCAACAUUUGGUGGUGCGUCCUUAACUGGAUACCUUGCGGCCAAAGUUUCUUUGGUCCAACAUUGAACAGUUUUAUCCAUGUAUUAAUGUACUUCUACUAUGGCCUGUCUACCAUUCCAUCAAUGCAGCCUUAUCUUUGGUGGAAGAAAUACCUUACACAAGCACAGCUGGUAAGAACCAACUUGCUCUAAACAGCACUUUCCACACCCAAGGCAUUUCUAGCCAAAGAAUUACUUUUGAAGCAUGGUUACUGUUGUAACAUGAAAAUACACUGCAGGCAUU